CGAAAACCAGUCUCUCUGAAAUCCUCCAUCUUCGUCAUGAAGAGAGUCCAAAUCCAACCUUUUCUCCUCCCCCUCCUUUUGUUCUUCUCCCUCUCCUUUUUGGAGGCCGGAGCACAGAGCGAAGCACAAGCUCUCCUCAAAUGGAAGUCCAGCUUGUUUCAGGCAGAUGCUCUGAGCUCAUGGUCCCUUGCCAACUCUACCAGCCCAUGCAGAUGGUUUGGUGUCCGCUGCAACUCCGCAGGCAGCAUCGUGCAGCUGAGCUUACCCAAUGCCAACCUCAACGGCACCCUCGAUGAAUUCGACUUUGCUUCUCUGCCCAGCCUCACCAAGCUCGACCUCUAUACCAACCUCCUCAACGGCUCCAUUCCUUCAAACAUCUCUGCUCUCUCCAACCUCACCUCUUUAGACCUCACCAGCAACUAUCUCGCUGGGCCGAUCCCAUAUCAGCUCAGCAAUCUCCGAAAGGUGCGCCAUUUUAAUCUUGGAUUCAAUUCCUUGGAGAACCCAGACUACACCAAGUUCACCCCAUUGCCUUCGGUGACAAACUUAUCUCUAUACAACAACAGUCUGACAGGGAAAUUCCCACCAUUCGUACUCAACUGCACCAAUUUAACGUACCUUGACCUCUCAUAUAACAACCUGACGGGUAAAAUACCCGACUCACUCUCGACCAAUCUAGUUUACCUCGAGUCCCUCAAUCUUACCGAUAACUUCUUUGAAGGAGUCAUUCCCGUUUCCCUUGCAAAUUUGCCGAGGCUUCAAAACCUUCAUCUUGGAUUGAACAAUCUCACCGGAGGGAUCCCGCCUAUCCUCGGGUCCAUCUCUGGCCUUCGAAUACUCGAACUCUAUAACAAUUCACUUAGUGGACCGAUCCCUUCUUCUCUGGGACAGCUCCGGAUGCUUGAGCGCAUCGAUAUCAGUGCAGCAGCGUUGAACUCCACUAUUCCUCCGGAGCUCGGCCUGUGUACUAAUCUCACCUACCUUGAGCUGUCCCGCAAUCAACUCACAGGUGGCCUGCCACAAUCCUUCUCGGAGCUAACCAAAAUGAGCGAGUUCUGGAUCUGGAGCAAUUCGCUCUCUGGUGAGAUCUUGCCGGACUUCUUCACAAAUUGGACGGAGCUUAUUGCCUUUGAUAUACGGAGCAACAAGUUCGUUGGGCGAAUCCCACCGGAGAUUGGAUGGGCCACAAAGCUGCAAAUCCUACUCCUCUGGAGCAACAACCUAUCAGGUCCAAUCCCUCUAGAGAUUGGGAGGUUGGCCGACUUGCAGAAAUUGUCUCUCUCGGAAAAUAUUCUUAGCGGUCCAAUCCCCAGAACAAUAGGAAACCUCACAAAGCUGCAAAUCCUAUUCCUCUGGAGCAACAACCUAUCAGGCCCAAUCCCUCCAGAGAUUGGGAGGUUGGCCGACUUGCAGAAAUUGUCUCUCUCGGAAAAUAUUCUUAGCGGUCCAAUCCCCAGAACAAUAGGAAACCUCACAAAGCUGCAAAUCCUAUUCCUCUGGAGCAACAACCUAUCAGGCCCAAUCCCUCCAGAGAUUGGGAGGUUGGCCGACUUGCAGAAAUUGUCUCUCUCGGCAAAUAUUCUUAGCGGUCCAAUCCCCAAAACAAUAGGAAACCUCACACAGCUCACUUCCCUGGCCCUCUUCUACAACAGCCUGAACGGCGCAAUCCCAGCAGAGAUCGGAAACAUGACGGCACUGGCUAAUCUAGACUUCAACACCAACCAAUUGGAGGGGGAGCUGCCGGCCACCAUUGCUCAGCUUCCAAAUCUUGAGAUCAUAUCAGUCUUCGACAACAACCUCAGCGGUGGCAUCCCUCGAGACCUCGGCCAGAAUGGGCGUUUAAUCAGAGUCAGCUUUUCGAACAAUAGCUUCUCAGGGGAAUUGCCUCCAGAUUUAUGCAAGGGCUUCGCUCUUCAAAACUUCACAGCGCAUCACAACAACAUCACAGGCUCGCUGCCGGCGUGCUUGCGCAACUGCUCGGGACUUUUCCGAGUCCGGUUGGAGUCGAACCACUUCACUGGAGACAUAUCAGAAGCUUUCAGCGUCCAUCCUGCACUAAACUACUUGGAUCUCAGCGGCAAUCAGUUGAUGGGCACGCUCUCUCCAGACUGGGGUGAAUGCAAGAAUCUCGCGUUCUUGCACAUGGAUGGUAACAGCAUCUCUGGCGACAUUCCUGUGGCAUUCGGGAACACGACCAAAUUACAAGACCUGAGCUUAGCUUCCAACUUAUUGUCCGGAGCAAUCCCACCUCAACUGGGGAACUUGAGUCUCUUGUACAAGCUCAAUUUGAGCAGUAAUCAGUUAUCAACCUCCAUUCCUUCAGAGUUAGGUGAUCUUGCCCAGCUCGCUUCUCUUGAUCUUUCAGAAAACAAGCUCACCGGUCCGAUACCAACCGAGCUUGGGAAUCUGAGGCGUCUUAUAUUGUUGGAUUUAAGCAGGAAUAACCUAUCUGGAGAGAUACCAUAUCAGCUUGGCAAUUUGGCGGCUUUUCAAAUCCUGUUAGAUUUGAGUGGCAAUUCCCUCUCUGGACAGAUUCCUUCUAAUCUAGAUAAGCUCGCAUAUCUGCAGGCGCUCAAUCUGUCCCACAAUGAUCUCUCCGGUCAAAUUCCACCAGCUUUGGCCGGUAUGUCCAGCUUAGAGUCUGUGGACUUCUCUUACAACAAUCUAACAGGAGCCAUUCCGGGGGGAAAGGCCUUCAAGAAUGCCUCUUCCUUUGCUGGAAACAUAGGGCUAUGUGGAAAUGUGAGAGGACUGCGUUCCUGCGAGUCUAGUUCCUCUGGUGGUGGUUCUCACAAGGAUCAUAAGAAACUCAUCAUUGCUAUUGUUGUUCCAGUUGUGGGAGUUCUGGUACUGGCAAUUGAAGUUACAACUAUUCUUCUAGCUUGCAGGAAGAGACGGCGUGGAAAGUUGGAGAUGGAGAGCGCCGCCAGGGAGACAUCCCAGUCAUUGAUAUGGGAAAGAGAAGGAAAGUUCGCAUUUUCAGAUAUCAUGAAUGCCACAGAUGACUUCAGCGAAGUCUUCUGCAUUGGAAAGGGAAGCUUCGGGAUCGUUUACAAAGCUGAGCUAUCGUCGGGUUAUGUAGUCGCUGUGAAACGCAUCCAAAUAUCGGACCCUGAUGAGGUUCCAGAGGCAAACAUAAAGAGCUUCGAAAACGAGAUCCGAGCUCUUACAGAGGUGAGGCACCGAAACAUAGUGAAGUUGCAUGGGUUUUGUUUGAAGGGAGGGAACAUGUACCUGGUGUACGAGUACUUGGAGAGGGGAAGCUUGGGGAAGGUGUUGUAUGGGCAAGAAGAGGGGAAGAAGUUUGAUUGGGCUAUGAGGGUGAAGGUUCUUCAGGGUGUGGCUCAUGCCUUGGCCUAUUUGCACGAUGACUGCAACCCACCUAUUGUGCACCGGGAUAUAACGGUGAACAAUAUCUUGUUGGAGUCAGAGUUUGAGCCUCGUGUCUCUGAUUUUGGGACUGCGAAGUUGCUGAAUCCAAAUUCUUCCAAUUGGACCUCGGUAGCAGGAUCUUAUGGCUACAUGGCACCGGAGCUAGCUUACACGAUGAAGGUGACGGAUAAAUGUGACGUAUAUAGCUUCGGAGUGGUGGCGCUCGAAGUCAUGAUGGGGAAGCACCCAGGAGAACUUAUUUCCUCUUUGCCAUCUUUGGCUUCAUCAGAGGGAAAGGACGUGCUGCUGAUGGAUGUUUUGGACCAAAGGUUAGUGCCUCCAACAGGCCAAUUAGCAGAGGAGGUGGUCUUCAUCAUAAAGGUAGCCCUAGCAUGCACUCGGACCGAUCCAGAAUCUCGACCUUCAAUGCGUUUUGUAGCGCAGGAGUUAUCUGCUCGCACACAAGCCUAUCUCCCUGAACCAUUGCGAAUGAUCACAAUCAGCGAGCUGACUUCCUUCCAGAAAUGAUCAGUCUUCUGAGACAGUGAAGGCUCUGAUUGCCUGUGGAAUCACAAGGAAGAGGAAUUUGUGCAUAAUAGUCCUUGGAAAUCUUGAAGAGUAAAAGAGGGCUCAGACUGCUUCUUAUGAAAUGAUUCAUGAAUAUGUCUCAGCAUCACAUGAUGGGGACGGAAGAUAGGCAUUUGCCUGUAGUUAGUGGGAAAUGGUUGUAGAAAAUGGCUCACCAACUGUGUCACUACGUAAAAAUAGUUGAACUUAUUAUAGCUCAGAAUCAGGCACAAUCUCUCCUAUUAUAUUAUAUACGAUAUUAGAUAUUACAACUGGCAUUUAUUGCAUGCACAAUCUUGGUAUAUCAGCUCAGUUCAAUUUUCAGAAAUUAUGGGAUCUGAUUGUCAUAUUCGA